AUGGGGAGGUGUACAAUGAUGCAGCUCAUGGUUUUCGCAAUAUUGUUCGUCGGCGCGACGAAGAGGGCCGAGUCGCGGUUAGAUUCGAGCUUCGACAAGCGUCGACGGAGCCUCCUCGCCAACGGGCUCGGCUUAACGCCUCAAAUGGGUACAGCUGAUGCUUUGGUCUCUACUGGGCUUGCAAAGCUUGGAUACAAGUAUGUCAAUUUAGAUGAUUGCUGGGGAAACUACAAUCGCACACCAGAGGGUAAUUUACUUGGAAAUGAGAUAACAUUUCCGUCGGGAAUCAAAGCUCUCGCCGAUUACGUGCACAGCAAAGGGCUCAAGUUAGGAAUAUAUUCUUCUGCAGGGUUCCGAACAUGCAGCAAUCGAAUGCCGGGAUCGCUUGGCUACGAAGAAAAAGAUGCUAAAACCUUUGCUUCAUGGGGAGUUGAUUACCUGAAAUAUGAUAAUUGUUACACCGACGGAUCGAAUGUGACGAAGAGAUUCCCUGCAAUGUCUCGAGCACUAAGGAAGGUCGAUCACCCGAUCUUUUACUCUCUGUGCGAAUGGGGAUGGGCAGAGCCAGCAUUGUGGGGUAACAUGUUUGGGAAUAGUUGGAGAACAACCACUGAUAUUAAUGAUACAUGGAUUAGCAUCAUGUGGAACAUUGAUGAGAACGAAAAGUACGCAAAGUACGCAAAACCUGGUGGUUGGAAUGAUCCUGAUAUGCUAGAAAUAGGAAAUGGAGGAAUGACAAAAGAUGAAUACAUUGUUCAUUUCAGCUUAUGGGCCAUUUCUAAGGCUCCCCUCAUUAUCGGAUGCGAUGUGCGGAACAUGUCGAAGGAGACUUACGAGAUUCUGACGAAUGCAGAAGUUAUCGCGAUCAACCAAGAUUCCAUCGGCGUUCAAGUGCGCAAAGUAAAGAAAGAAGGAGAUCUCGAGGUAUGGGCCGGGCCGCUUUGCGAAGAGCGAAGAGUAGUCCUUUUGUUAAACCGAGCCGACAAGGGAUCGAGCCCGAUGACGGCCCAUUGGAAGGACAUAGGAAUUCCCUCUGGCACAGUUGUUGAAGCAAGAGAUGUUUGGAAGCAUAAGACACUGAAAGAGAAGCUCACAGGGAAGAUAACGGCGACGGUGGCGGCCCAUUCAUGCAAACUUUUUGUGCUAAAACCGAUCCAUUAACUGAUAUCAGAUUUUAUUUAUUUUAUUUUUUUGUUUUGUUUUGCUUUUGUUUUAAUAUAAAGUUAGGUCCCAAGAUCAGAAAUUCUAUGUCUUUAGUGUUUUUUGUUUUGCUUUUGUUUUUUUAGUAUAAAGUAAGGUCCCAGGAUCAGUAAUUCUAUGUCUUUAGUGUUUUAGUUUGAUUUAUUGGAUGUGGGGUGAAUAAACUGAGAUUAUUCUUUGUUUAAUUCGCUCUGUGUAAGAUGGUGUUGAACUGUUAAAUUUUCUAUAAAACCAUAAGUAAAUGAUGGUUUAUCAA